AUGAGCGAGAGUCCAUCGCGCCCGUCGCCGCGCAAGUCGGUUGCCGCGACGCCGUCCGAGCUGGCCGCUAGCCCGCAAGCCAAAUGCCAACAGCGCAUCAAGCUGCGCAUUGUGCAGGAAAUGGUCCUCAAGAAGCAAGAGCGUGCGGACGAAGAGAGCAAGCGGCAACGCGCGCACGAGAUGAUGGCGCAGGGUGCUAAAGUCGCUGCGCAGCGAAUCCAGGCGCGGCGCCAGCUCGCUCUCAAGACCCUCGACGACGGGGUCGAACUACUCAUCUUGAACCAGCCGUCGUCCAUCGAAGCGAUGAACGUCGCGCGCAUGCUGUCGCCCCGCUUUGCCGAGCAUGUGUCCUUCUCCCCGGCCGUGCCCACGCACUCCAAGGCCGACUUUCGCGUCAAGUCGCUUCUCGAGAACGAUAGGAUCGGCGCCUUUUACCGCUAA